AGCUUAUGUGUCUGCCCUUCAGUACAAUCCUGAUUUGUACUGUGUUCGCAGUGACCUGGGGAACCUGCUCAAAGCCCUGGGUCGCUUGGAAGAAGCCAAGGUAGGUGUUCAUUAGAAUGCAUUUAAACGUCAGCGUUUUGAAAACUUGUACUCUUUGCUAAGUCUUCCAGUCUUCAUUGAGCUAUCUUCACAAACAGUCCUGAGAAACUGAGGAAAACUGACAGCAUGAAUCGCCUCAGCCUAGAGCAAGGCCAGGCUUUGGCACCCCUGCUCUAAAUCUGGGGGUAAAGAAAGCAAGGACCUGAACGUUGUGGAGCCCUUCUACUGAGCUAGAUCCCCCUGUAUCAUUGGGCUCCAGCAGGAUCUUAUCUGGGAAUAAAUAACAUUCCUUCAUAUCUGAGGCUUGCUGCUCUUCUAAGUCCUUUGUGGCUUGUAAGUGGAGAGGAAAGUCAUCAAAAUGUUACCCUGUAAUACUGGCAUUUAAACUUCUUAUUCUUUAACCUUCCUCCCCUCAUCUCCCCCUCCCCCAACUCCCCUACCCUUUUUACAGUGGAAGAAAGGCUGCUAAAUGAUAACAAAUUUAAUAAUUGGAGCUUCCCCCCCCCUCACCCCCUCCUCUCAUUCUACCUCCCCACCUCUUUACAGUCUUCUCUUCCCCCUUCCCUGCAGUCUCCUUAGUCUUCUCCUUCCCUUCUUUAUUUCCUUCUCUUUCCCUGCCUUACUCCCUUUAAAAAAUAUCAAAGGGCAGAAGGACAAAGCUGGUUUGUUUGGGAAAUGGACUGAUCGAAAGAAAACUUGCUAAAGUGGAAAGGUGGCUUUUAGCAGUCUUUGUUUCCAAAUGAUGAGAAUUUGAAUACCAGGUUGGGUUUUAAAGCUUUUGGCAUAAUUUAAAACAUAAAUUACAAAAUGAAAUUGUCUUGUUACAAGCCACCUUACGCAAUCGCGCUGCAGGGGUGAGGAGUGGGGAGAAACCAGAGAGCCUCUGAAACUCCCACCUGUUGCUCUGAGCCCCACGCGCAUGCUGAUGCGUGGAGUGUAUGCGCAGCGUAGCUGUCUGUUUGAUCACCUCAUUGUAGGGAGAGCGAAAGGCUUUUUGGCACCAUCUGAUGGUAAAAAGCACUGAUUUUUUUUUUUAAAGUGCAGAGUUCAUAAAUUCAUUAUACUGGCCAUUUGGAUUAACCGACAUAGGUUUCUACCCUAUGAAUUCCAUCUGAUUGAUUAAAAAUGACCUGAAAAGAUGUCUCGUUGGUGAUUUCUAUAGGAAAUCUUCCAGGCCCUGUUCAUUUUCAUCCCACCAAGCGGACAGCUAACACGAAUUGCACUUCACUGCAGCUUUAGAGACCGGUUUAGGCUGAGACACUGCGCCUGCCUUAGGUUGCUGACUUCUUUGUUUCAGAGCUCUGGAGACACCUAGUUUGAAAAGCGUUAUACUGUUUUUGUGAGAACUUAGUAAACAAGACAACUAUGGAGUGAAAUGCAAUGUAUUUCUUUUGUAAUCAGUGCAUUUAAAAAUUCAAGCCAGCAAAUUCUUAGUAGCUAGAAGCAAAUUUGUUUUACAGAAAUUUCAGAGCCUUUCUUCCAGCAAAGUCCCUGCUGUAUGCAAUAGUCCUGAUUAACCCUCUCCCUUCUGCAUGACUCCCAUGUUACAGACUGAGACUGUCCUCAUUCCCAUAUGUUAUAGACAUAUCCAAAGAAUUUCAAUUGCUUUGUUGAACUUUUACUAAUGAUCUUGUUUUAUUUUCUCUCUUGUUUUUGGUUUUUCACCAUUGAUAUUGUAUUUAGAAGGUUUCAGGUGGGUGAAACCUCCUAUUCCAUGCGUAAGGUGCCUCGCUGAAGGGAGCUCGAGGCCUGGAUCUAGGGCAGACACACACCUCCUCCUCCUCUUCCAGCAAGGAACGCACCGAAAAGUCACAUGAUGAGAAAUAUGGCAUGUUACUUGAAAGCAAUUGAGACGCAACCAAACUUUGCAGUAGCUUGGAGUAAUCUUGGCUGUGUUUUUAAUGCCCAAGGGGAGAUUUGGCUCGCAAUUCAUCAUUUUGAAAAGGCUGUGACACUGGACCCCAAUUUUCUUGAUGCGUACAUCAAUUUGGGAAAUGUCCUGAAGGAGGCACGCAUAUUUGACAGAGCUGUAGCAGCCUACCUUCGAGCCCUGAGCCUGAGCCCUAAUCAUGCAGUGGUGCAUGGCAACUUGGCGUGUGUAUACUAUGAACAAGGCCUCAUAGACCUUGCAAUAGACACCUACAGGCGUGCUAUUGAGCUACAACCACAUUUUCCAGAUGCUUACUGCAACCUAGCCAACGCUUUGAAAGAAAAGGGCAGUGUUGCUGAGGCAGAGGAUUGUUAUAAUACAGCUCUCCGUCUUUGUCCCACCCAUGCAGACUCUCUAAAUAACUUGGCCAACAUUAAACGAGAACAGGGGAAUAUUGAAGAAGCAGUUCGCCUGUAUCGCAAAGCACUUGAAGUGUUCCCAGAGUUUGCUGCUGCCCAUUCAAAUUUAGCAAGUGUAUUACAACAGCAGGGAAAACUGCAGGAAGCCCUGAUGCAUUAUAAGGAGGCAAUUAGAAUCAGCCCUACCUUUGCUGAUGCUUAUUCCAACAUGGGAAACACUUUGAAGGAGAUGCAGGAUGUUCAGGGGGCCUUGCAGUGUUACACCCGGGCCAUCCAGAUCAACCCAGCCUUUGCUGAUGCACACAGCAAUCUGGCCUCCAUUCACAAGGAUUCAGGUAACAUUCCAGAAGCGAUUGCUUCUUACCGAACAGCUCUGAAACUAAAGCCUGACUUUCCUGAUGCUUACUGUAACUUGGCCCAUUGCCUGCAGAUUGUCUGUGACUGGACCGACUAUGAUGAACGGAUGAAGAAAUUAGUUAGUAUUGUAGCUGACCAGCUGGAGAAGAAUAGGUUACCUUCUGUGCACCCUCAUCACAGCAUGCUGUAUCCUCUUUCUCAUGGCUUUAGGAAGGCUAUUGCUGAGAGACAUGGGAACCUCUGCUUGGACAAGAUUAAUGUCCUUCACAAGCCACCGUAUGAACAUCCAAAAGACUUGAAAGUCAGUGAGGGUCGACUUCGUGUAGGAUACGUGAGUUCUGACUUUGGAAACCAUCCGACUUCCCAUCUCAUGCAGUCUAUUCCAGGGAUGCAUAACUCGGAUAAAUUUGAGGUGUUCUGUUACGCCCUUAGCCCAGAUGAUGGCACAAACUUUCGUGUGAAGGUGAUGGCGGAAGCAAAUCAUUUCAUUGACCUUUCUCAGAUUCCGUGUAAUGGGAAAGCAGCAGAUAGAAUUCAUCAGGAUGGGAUCCACAUCCUUGUGAAUAUGAACGGCUACACCAAGGGUGCACGCAAUGAACUCUUUGCUCUGAGACCAGCUCCUAUUCAGGCAAUGUGGCUGGGAUACCCUGGGACUAGUGGUGCACUUUUCAUGGAUUAUAUUAUCACAGAUCAGGAAACUUCGCCAGCCGAGGUUGCUGAGCAGUACUCGGAGAAAUUGGCUUAUAUGCCCAACACUUUCUUUAUUGGUGAUCAUGCCAACAUGUUUCCUCACCUGAAGAAAAAAGCAGUCAUCGAUUUCAAAUCCAACGGACACAUUUAUGACAACCGGAUUGUCCUGAAUGGCAUUGACCUCAAGGCAUUUCUUGAUAGUCUACCCGAUGUCAAAAUUGUGAAGAUGAAGUGCCCUGAUGGAGGAGACAAUGCAGACAGCAAUGCAGCUCUCAGCAUGCCUGUUAUUCCUAUGAAUACGAUUGCAGAAGCUGUGAUUGAAAUGAUUAACAGAGGACAAAUUCAGAUAACAAUCAAUGGAUUCAAUAUUAGCAAUGGACUAGCAACCACUCAGAUCAACAACAAGGCUGCAACAGGAGAGGAGGUUCCCAGGACCAUCAUUGUCACCACUCGCUCUCAGUAUGGGCUACCGGAGGACGCCAUUGUGUACUGUAACUUUAACCAGCUGUAUAAAAUUGACCCUUCCACCUUGCAGAUGUGGGCAAACAUUCUGAAGCGGGUUCCCAAUAGUGUGCUGUGGCUGUUGCGUUUCCCAGCUGUAGGAGAACCCAAUAUUCAGCAGUAUGCACAGAACAUGGGCCUUCCCCAGAAUCGGAUCAUCUUUUCUCCAGUUGCUCCCAAGGAGGAGCAUGUGAGGCGAGGUCAGCUAGCUGACGUCUGCCUAGAUACGCCACUCUGUAAUGGGCACACCACUGGCAUGGACGUGCUGUGGGCAGGGACCCCCAUGGUGACUAUGCCAGGAGAGACUCUUGCUUCUCGGGUUGCUGCUUCCCAGCUCACUUGCCUUGGUUGCCUUGAGCUUAUUGCAAAAAAUAGGCAAGAGUAUGAAGAUAUUGCUGUGAAAUUGGGCACUGAUCUAGAAUAUCUGAAGAAAAUCCGUGGUAAAGUCUGGAAGCAAAGAAUAUCCAGCCCCCUUUUCAACACCAAACAGUACACAAUGGAACUUGAACGCCUUUACCUUCAAAUGUGGGAUCACUAUGCAGCUGGAAACAAACCAGACCACAUGAUUAAGCCGGUCGAGGCCACAGAGUCGGCAUAAAAGAUUCUGUACACAUAGGAGAAUUAUCCCAAGACAUGAGCCUCUCAAGCCUCUGUUGCAAAGGAAAAGGGAACUAGAGACCCCUGCAUUUCUACAUAUCUGCUCAAUGCCAUGUGACAUACACAAUGGUAAUAAAAUAGCACAGCAAGACCUACUUCCUGCACACUAGGGAGAGACAGUAGAGAUGGGGAACUGCUGUCCCACAAGGAAUCUGCACACAGGUGUUGUGUAGGUAUGGAAGCCAUGAUUGAAUGGGAUGCUUGGUAGGGGAGAGAGAGAUUGCCCAGCCACUUGCAAUUCUAUGGAUUGAUUGAAUCUUCUGUGAAUUAUUUUUUCUUUAUUAUACUGGGGAUUGGAGCUUUUAAAAUGUUUAAUUUCAGGUGUUCCCAUUGGCGUGUGUGGUUCUCUUCCCAGGAUUUGGUUUCCAGCAAAAAUGUUGUUCCUUGCUCCAUCAGUGACGUUUCAGCUUUUGAGCCACAGAUUGAGAGGGCAUCUUUGCUGGUGUAGGCUUUUUAUAGGUUUUAUAAACCGCUUGAGUCUAUGUCAGCCUUGUAACGUCUGACCUGUGGAUCGGAGCUGUUUGUGCUGUUGGUUUUGGUGAUGACUUUUUGUUCUGUAUUUUUGUUUUGUCCCCCCAGUCGUCCUCCACUUACUGGUUUUUAUUUAAAAAAGCAAACAAGCAAAAAACAAACGAAACCCCCUCCUCAGACUCACCUAAUUGGCUUCUUUGGCAGGGAAACCAGACUUAGGAUAUCACACAGAUAUUCCCAAAUGCCAGUUUUGCCAAAGUGAUUAUUAAUUAUGUAAAGGCACAGUCAUGGUACUGUUGCAGAGAAUAAAUCAUUUUUGUUUUCCAAGUUUUGGCCCCUUCCCAGCGUUUACUGUUGUCAGAGAGUGAUAGUGUGCGCAACUUCUUGGCUCCAUUUGGAUGGUUUGGAUUUUUCUUGAAAUUUUCCUUGUUCUUCCUAUUUCUUUUAGCAGAAAUGAAAGCCCAGGUAAGUAUUCAGUCAUUUCAUUCAGUAAGUCGUGAUUGCCUCCAAACAUUCAGUCAAUUUCAUUCAGAAACAGUGUCGUUUGAGAAGCUCUGCAGGCCUACUGCAGAACGUUCAAAGGCAUUGCAUCCAAACGGUCUUUCCAUCUGGACCUUCAAGUAUGUGAUGUACAGCUUUUGCCUCAAUAGUGGCUUGACUGCAUUGCUACUUGAAUUAUGAAUAAGACCUCAGCCCUGCUGGUGCUGGAGUGUCUUCUGUGAAACCACAGGAAUAGAAGUAUUCCAGAAUUUCAACAAAGGGCUUUAAGUUUAAAACAAGCCGACAUAUGAGUGUGUAUUGUGUCUAGCUGUUCUGUUCUUACUGCUACUCGGUAAGAAGUAUUUGUCUGCUAGCAGUGCUGCUUGUAGGUGACCAUUUGUGGCUGAGGCCCUGGGUUUGCUUCACCUGUUUAGUAGCAGCUGAUGCUGUGACUGGCUCCUAGCUGACAAAUUCUUGAUAAGUCACUGUCAGACGCUUUGGGCUUCUGACAAAAGGUUACCACUGAUCCAAAUCUGAGCAGGAACCCUCAGAUGGAAUUCUGGAAGCAGAAUUCCUUAGGUGUGAACUGCUCCUUUCAGCAGUUUGGGAACUCCUUAAUUUAUUUUUCACCUUUUCCAACCAGUAAAGGAUGUUGGAGCAUUUCCAUGAAUGAUGUUUUCAGUUCACAGAUUGCCGAAAAUGGAUUAGAAUCAAAACUGUACCUUUCUGAUGCCCUCGAGGCUGUGAGCUCCAGCCAUUUCACAUAGCACAUCACUCGUGCAUUGGAGGAAUUUUUUUCCUGGUGUGGAAAGUAUCUGCUGUGGUUGAAGCUUUGCUUAAUGUAACAAACAGGUUUUGUUUCCAGGUAACGUGUCUGACGAAGACUUAAUUCUGAAUAGAAACAUAGGUAUUACUGGAAACUUAAUUGUCUUUUCUAUUGUAUUCUGCUUUAUCGAAAACAGUAAAAUAUUUAAAUUGUGCUACAGAAAUACAAAUAUUGUCUUGCAGUCUUUAAACAAUAAACAGAAACAUUUUCCUCUGAAGUUAAAA